GGCGCUUGCGGCAGCUGCUGGGCGCAUGCGUCGAGGCUGACCAUGGAGUCGCGAGCGGAGAUCAAGGGGCUGAAGCACAUCAGGUUUUCGGCCAACCAGCUCACCGCGUGCACGCCGAACCCGAAGCACUGCGGUGGCGAGGGCGGCUGCGACGGUGCCACCGCCGAGCUCGCAUACGAGUACGUGUUCAACAAGGGUCUGCUGCAGGAUCACGAGUGGCGCGCAAAGGCUGGGGACGACCAGAAAGCAGAGUGCCCUAAGGCCCUGAAGGCGUCCACCGCGGUGGCCACCAAAGGCAUAUUCGGCGCCGACGGCAGCGAGACUCAUCGCGCCUCGGCGAAGAUGGCUGGCCGUGCCAUUGGCCUCAAGGGGUGGACGAAGCUGCCGGAGAACAAGGAGGACGCGAUCGUGAGAGAGUUGAUGACCAACGGUCCGCUGUACGUCGCUGUGGCCGCCGGCGACGGCUGGUUCGACUACAAAGAGGGUGUCAUGACGGAGGACUCGUGCGAUAGGGACUUCAUCGUGAACCACGCGGUGGUCCUCUUCGCCUGGGGCGUCAAGCAGAAGACCAUCCGCGGGCCGGUCAAGUACUGGCAGAUCAAGAACUCAUGGGGUCCGCAGUGGGGAGAGCAGGGCACGGGCCGCUUCAUCCGAUCGAACCACGAGGAGAAGGUGUGCGGCUGGGACGAGGACCCCCAGUCGGGCUCCGGCUGCGACGGCGGCCCCGAGAGGGUGUGGGUCUGCGGCACCUGCGGCAUCCUCUACGAUGCCGUGGCGCCGCACUUCUGA